AUGAAGGUCCUCGCUAUCCUCUAUCAGGGCGGUGAAGCUGCUACCAAUGAGCCCCGUCUCCUAGGUACCGUCGAGAACAAGCUUGGUAUUCAACAAUGGCUCGAAUCUCAAGGACAUGAAUUCAUUGUGUCCAGUAGCAAGGAGGGACCGGACAGCGACUUCCAGAAGCAUAUCGUCGAUGCUGAAAUUCUCAUCACAACCCCAUUCCACCCGGGCUACCUGACCCGAGAGCUCAUGGAAAAGGCGAAGAAUCUCAAGAUUUGCAUCACCGCCGGUGUCGGCUCAGACCACAUCGACCUCGACGCCGCCGUUGACCACAACAUCCAAGUCCUCGAAGUCUCCGGAUCGAAUGUUGUCUCCGUCGCCGAGCACGUCAUGAUGAGCGUCCUCCUGCUCGUAUCUGAGAUUGCAAGGAACGCGUUCGACUUGGAGGGCAAGGUUGUUGGGACCCUCGGUGCUGGACGGAUUGGGUAUCGUGUGUUGCAACGUCUGCAGCCCUUCAACUGCAAGGAGCUGCUCUAUUACGACUACAGCCCUCUUCCGGCUGCUGCUGCUGAGUCUGUCGGUGCUCGUCGUGUUGAAGAUCUGAAGGAAUUUGUUUCUCAGUGCGACCUAGUCACCAUCAACUGCCCUCUUCACGAAGGCACCCGCGGACUCAUCAACGCUGACCUCCUGAAGCACUUCAAGAAGGGCGCCUGGAUCGUUAACACCGCCCGCGGUGCCAUCUGCGACAAGGAUGCCAUCGCCGCGGCCCUCGCCAGCGGCCAGAUCAACGGAUAUGCAGGCGAUGUCUGGAACGUUCAGCCAGCGCCGAAGGACCACAUCUGGCGCACGAUGAAGAAUCAUCUCGGAGGCGGAAACGGCAUGGUGCCUCACUAUUCUGGCACGACACUCGAUGCACAGGCGAGGUAUGCCAAUGGGACGAAGACGAUCCUCGAGAAUUAUCUGCAGAAUCGCCCUCAGGAACCGCAGAAUAUCAUUGUUGGUGAUGGGAGGUACGAGAGCAAGGCUUAUGGACAACGCUAG